AUGAGUUCAUCAGCAGAGAAAGCGACCAGCAAAAACCCAGAGAGACCUCAUGAUGAACGUAAGGAGAGUAUCAUUGGAGAACAGCUGGAACAAGAUCAGUCUACCCACACUGUAGAAAAUUCACAAUCAGGUGACCAGUGUAAGAAGAGUUUCAGACUAUAUAUGGAUCUGGAGGUCCACCGGAGAAUCCCCACUGGAGAACAUCCUUACUCCUGUGACCUCUGUGAGGAAAAGUUCAAACAUUUUAGCAAUUUGAAGGUCCACCAGCGUAUCCACACUGGAGAAAAGCCUUACAUCUGUGACCAGUGUGACAAGAGUUUCAGUAACUCAAGCAAUUUGAAGGAACACCAGCAUAUCCACACUGGAGAAAAGCCUUAUAUCUGUGACCAGUGUGAGAAGAGUUUCAGUAACUCAAGCAAUUUGAAGGUCCACGAGCGCAUCCACACUGGAGAAAAGCCUUACAUCUGUGACCAGUGUGAUAAGGGUUUUAGGCAAAUAAGCCAUUUGAAGGUCCAUCAGCGUAUCCACACUGGAGAAAAGACUUACACCUGUGUCCUCUGUCAGAAAAAGUUUCAAAAUGUUAGCUAUUUGAAGAUCCACCAGCGUUUCCACAUCGGAGAGAAGCCUUACACCUGUGACCAGUGUGACAAGGGUUUUAGGCAAAUAAGCCAUUUGAAGGUCCACCAGCGCAUCCACACUGGAGAAAAGCCUUACACCUGUGACCAGUGUGACAAGGAUUUUAGGCAAAUAAGCCAUUUGAAGGUCCACCAGCGCAUCCACACUGGAGAAAAGCCUUACACCUGUGACCAGUGUGACAAGAGAUUCAGGAACUCAAGCAAUUUGAAGGACCACCAGCGUAUCCACAUCAGAGAGAAGCCUUACACCUGUGACCAGUGUGACAAGAGAUUCAGGAACUCAAGCAAUUUGAAGGAACACCAGCGUAUCCACAUCAGAGAGAAGCCUUACACCUGUGACCAGUGUGAGAAGAGUUUCAGAGAAUCAGAACACUUAUUGACCAGUGUAUCGCACAUUGGCGUAAAAGCUUCACCAGUGCAUUGA